UAUUAUGGUCGGAAAUUUGAUCAGUUGUCCUCUAUCGGAGUUCCGCCGUCCUUAGCAGCAGGGCAGUUCACAGCAGAAAAAAAAAAAAACAAAACAGACACCACGCUGAAACAUGGCAGGGACACUCGCACGGAAAGCUGUCGACCACCUGAAGAGCAAAGAGUUCAGGGAUUAUUUGAUGAGCACGCAUUUCUGGGGUCCAGUAGCUAACUGGGGUCUUCCUAUAGCCGCCAUCACAGAUAUGAAGAAGAGCCCUGAGAUUAUCAGUGGCAGAAUGACCUUUGCUCUGACCUGCUACUCACUGCUGUUCAUGCGGUUUGCCUACAAAGUGCAGCCACGCAAUUGGCUACUAUUUGCUUGCCAUGUGACCAAUGAGACGGCACAGCUGAUCCAAGGAAGCCGUCUCAUCAAAUACAAGAUGGAGAAGAAGAUGGCAUCUUAGUGGCAGAGCGAAACGGAUGCAGAAUGUUCACUUUUGGGAGCCAGCAGCAGAGCGAGAACCUGUGGCUAAAACAUUCACCUUAACCUGAACAACAAAAGUGGUGCACCUAAACAAUCUCAUCUAAUCAUCAACACAUCGGCACUUAAACUUUAUUUUAAAUUUAUGAUAUUGUGGCUCGUCAUCCUCAUGAAAUUUUAGUAAUAUUUUACUACACAGAGACAAAACAAACAGGUACUGCCCUUCAAGAAUAAAGGUCAACUGCUGUAAUAUAGUCUGUACUUAGGUUUUUGCUACAUGCAGCAUUGCACAAAACAUAAUGAGGGAGAAUGUACCGCACACAGCAAGCCAGGCAAUGUUCAUAUAAUCAUAAGACAUUUUAUUUCAGGCCAUCAUAUGAAUAAAUAUUUGUGCUAGCCUACUUCAUCACUCACCUGGUUAAAUAAAGGUUUGAUAUUUAAUAGAGAAACAUGUCUGAAGUCAUUAUGUUCAAGUAUGUCUGUACAGGGGCAGAAUAUUAUUGGCUAAGCAUUUGGACUAAAGUUCAUUAACCUUCAUGUAAAAUGGGGCAGAACACACACAGUUGUCCUUUGGGGUGCUGUGGAGCAAGGAUUAUGCUGUACACUGAAAUAGAAAGAAAUACGAUUCUAAUUUGAUAUCAUUAUUUUAGUAACAUCAUGAGCCAAAGUUAACUGUACACAUUUUUUGAUUAUACAAAAUAUUGAUAUGUUUUACAUGUUGAGGCUAAAAGCUGUGUGAUUAGGACAUUAGUUUGUAACGCUGUGUGGCCGGGCAAGACAAGCUGCUUCUGCCACUGCUGCAGAUUAAGUGUUGCCUUGUGUUGUUAUGUCAUCACUUUAAUUUAUUCACUCAUAUUAAUGUGUCAUUCGCAUUUUGUUUUCCAUGAUUGACAAGCUGAUUUCUUGUGGUCUUUGGGUUUAUUGAAAUAAACUGGCAAUAAUAAAGGACUGGAACACA